AAUUUUAAUUGCUUCUUUCUUUCUUUAGAUAUCUCGCUUUUAUUCAUUUUUUACUAAUCUUAUAUGUUUUGAAAGAAUUAUUUGUUAAUCUUCAUUAUGUUUUCCCGGAAAAAAUUAGCAAGAAUCGAGUAAAACGGGUCUAAAAACGCGCUGCAUAUUACAUGUAAUCCUAUUCUAGACAAACAAGUCAUGCGUUUUCUUGUUAUUCCCAAUUUUGCAACAAGACGCAGAGACAAAUUUCAAAAUCAUCAAAAGUCCAAUAAAAGAAUGCUUCCUUGCCCCGGAGACGCAGAGAAUUUUCUGGCCGCUUUCGUUAUUUCGUCUCUGUCUCUUUGUCCCGCGUGCUCUUUCUCGUGAAUAUAAUCUGCGACUCUAGUAAUUUUAGCACUAUCUCUCAUGUUCGUUUCGAUUUUUGCGCCACAUUCGACUUCAUUUUUCGUUUUCCAAAACUUCUUUCAAAACAACUUUUUCGCAUUAAUUUGUUGUCUUCCUCACUCUUUUGAAUUCAAAAACGAAAAUUUUAAACCACCGAUUGCAAUUGUUACGAGAUGCAAAAACCCGACGAAUCGAAUGAAAAACUUUCAGAUGAUAUUCCUUGCACAUCAGCAAGCCUUCUCGACCAUUUGAUUCAGAAGGAAGCUUCUGCAGCAGAGGACACUGAUCCCUUGGAUCAUAUUGGCAAUAUAGGAGAAGCUAUCAUUGGACAAUUUUCGUCUGGAGCAGAUGUUGGAACCGAAAUUCUACAAAAUGCUCUCAAAAUGUUCGAUCAAGCAAUGGCCUACACGAAUCCACAGGCUCCACCAAAACGAAAAUAUAAACGAAAAGAAGCUCCGAUAGAGGAUGCUCAACCUACCACGACUUCAUCAGCUACGCUAGCUUCCUUGCUCACUCUCAAUCCGGUUCCAAUUGAAUCUAGUGCGAAAAGAUUCCAUCAAAAUGAUCUACGAGCUGGUUUUUCGCCACGUACCAAGUUCGACGUGGAUUGUUCGGAUUUCUUUCUUCUACAAGGAUCUGAUGCUGACACUCAAUUCAAUAAUCUCCACAAGAAGCUCGAGAAGGAGAGAACGCAGAUGUUUGAUGAUCAAGUUUCGAAAGAUGUUGAACGACUUCUAAAUACCGCAAACAGAGUUCACGGUCCCCGAGAAUGGACUGCCGAGGAGAAAGCCGAAUUCACUUCAUACUGUAGAAGCUGGCGCAGUGGAGCAUUAGGGGCCGAUGACAAGCUGAAUCUUCAGAAAUUUUAUUCAAAAGCGUACGGAAAAGUUUUCCAAGGACUGAGCGAAAAUAAAGCUUCAUCGGAGGAAUCAGCUAUCGAUUUUUCUAAUUUCAUGGGUGUCGGUAGUGAAGAUCCUGCUAAUCAAACAGAAGACGUACCAGGUGGAAGCUGCAAGGCUUCUCCCGACAAUUUCUCAUUCUCUACUUUGAAUCCAAGAAUGAAAUACGAGAAAGAGAAAGAAUUUCGGUCCGCUAUCAAUAAUAUAUUCACGGAAGUUUUCAAAGAAUUUCACUCAAAGAAGCAAUUCAUUCCCAAACCAACUCGCCUGGACGUUCCGCCGUGCGAAAUCGAGCGGGAGCAUUUAUCAAUGCUGAUGUCAAAGUUCAGUAUAGCUAUGGACGAUCCAGAAAAGGAAUGGAAUGUUGAUGAGCUUCAGGAACUGCGUCGAUUCUAUACAUUAUUUCGAGAAAAAAAUCAUUUGCCAUUCGUUCAAACUAAGGAAUUCGGAAAAUUUCUGCGUAAAGCAUUUGGAAGACUAGAGCAUUAUGAGCUUCAACGAGAAAAUGACACUUCUCUUCAAGAAAAACGAAAAUUUUGGCAAGAAUACAGGAAAACGCAUGUACCACCGAAAAGAGAGCGAAAAGCGUGCGCGGCUAGAACCACACCAGUAAGACCUUAUAUAAAAUCGAAUAUUGAUACAAAAGGAGAAACUGAAGAAGAGAGAAGAUUGCGGAGAGCUGCGUAUCUUCGAAAGUGGAGGCUAGCUCAAAAAGAGAAGCAUUCAGCAGACGUCAUGUCACAGUUCAAGCACCAGGAAGAUGUCGCCUUGUGAUUUCUUUGUUUAAUAUUAAUCAACUUUUUGUUCGCAUCUCAGGAAAUGUUCUUUGAAAAAUAAUUUGUUAGAUAAAAUUUAUUUUAAUCCGAAUAAAUAUUUUAUAAUC